CUGUGGAUCCAGCACGCGUGGGUUCCGACAGGACUGAAGUGGCUCUCAAAGAUGCUGAGUCCAGGAUUUUCAGACUGAAGUUCGCAUCAGAAGUUAAAAAAAAAAAAAAAAAGUGGAGACCCAAAGAGGGGGUCAAAACUUUGCCAGGAGCGCAGCAGUUUCUCUCUCCAGUGUUUCCGCACCCGGCAGCAAGAUUUCACCCAAAAGCAGGCAGCCGGACCGGCCGGCGCUGACGCGGCUGGUCAGCAGGCGGAGGAUGGUAGCGGCGGGGGUCCUGGGGGUCGUGAUGGUCCUGGUUCUGGUGAUCCUCAUCCCCGUCCUGGUCAGUUCGGCGGGGACCGCGGCGCACUACGAGAUGCUCGGGACGUGCAGGAUGGUCUGCGACCCGUACGGAACCAAAUCACCGACCAGCACCGCGUCUUCAGAGCCGGUUCGGGAAAACAGCCUGGCGCAGUCUUUACCCACUUUCAUUCAGGGACCGAAGGGAGAGCCUGGUCGUCCGGGGAAAAUAGGUCCCAGGGGACCCCCGGGGGAGCCGGGGCCACCGGGGCCGCCGGGGCCACCGGGCGAUAAGGGGGAGACGGGAAGACCCGGGUUACCGGGACCUCCGGGUCCGAACGCGGCGGGCGCGAUCAGCGCGGCCACGUACAGCACCGUGCCAAAGAUCGCCUUUUACGCGGGACUCAAGAAGCAACACGAGGGAUAUGAAGUGCUCAAGUUCGACGACGUGGUGACCAACCUGGGGAACCACUACGACCCCACCACCGGGAAGUUCACGUGUUCCAUCCCCGGGAUUUAUUACUUCACUUACCAUGUUCUGAUGAGAGGAGGGGACGGAACCAGCAUGUGGGCCGACCUGUGCAAGAACAAUCAGGUACGGGCCAGCGCCAUCGCCCAGGACGCGGAUCAGAACUACGACUACGCCAGCAACAGCGCCGUGUUGCACCUGGAGCCCGGAGAUGAGAUCUACAUCAAACUAGACGGAGGCAAGGCUCACGGAGGGAACAACAACAAGUACAGCACCUUCUCCGGAUUCAUCAUCUAUGCCGACUAAGGAAGCUCUCUCAGCCUUCUCCCGUCUGUUAAAUAUAACCUGCAUUUGAAACGGACUCUUGCCCUCAAGUUAUGAUAAACAUUCUGGCUGCUAAUGUAUUUGGGAAUGUUCGAUAAUAAAAUACAAUCCUGACUCGUGUUGAUAAAUGUUGAACCACAUUAUUAGAAUGAAUCAGAAAUUGGUCAUUUGGUAUGAUGCUGUGUGAGAAGGAGCCCAUUGUUUAUGUUUACAUAGAUAUCAUACAGUGAUCUGGUUCUGAAGGCGAUAUUCCCAAAAACCUUAUCACAAAAUAUGAAUUCGAAGCCCAAACUGUAAAAUAGUGGAAAGAAAGUGGAAGCAUGAUGUCAGCAGGUUAGGCAGAAGGAGCUCCCGUGGAGGUGGGUUGUGAGUUUAUAUAUAUAUUCAUCAUGAACCAGCUUUCAAAUCUACUGGUUGAAUCUGAACUCAGUUGGAAAUCCAGGCUCAUCAUGUUGUGUAGGGAAAGAGAUAAGAUGCAUCAUUGAAUGGGGUGGAUGUGGGAGGAGCACAGCUUCUGUAGUCGCAAUACGUCAUAUGUCGUCUCAAGCUUAGCUAGUGGAAAUUAAGGCCAGCCGGGGGAGAUGCAAAAACUUCACAAUGGAACAGAGUCAGUGUCGACAAAACGCUGGGGAAACUGGGGUGGAGGUGGGUUGCCUGUCCAUCUUACCUAUCUGCUUCAGUUGCUGUUGAUGGCUCUAACAGACUAUGCAUCAAUGGUGUCAUCUUGGAACGAGUCAGACGUGAGGGGGCACGUGUCCAGCUCAUUGAGUCAAGCUUGUGUCUCCAUAUUUUUCCAACUUCAGUUUCUGCUUCCAAAGACAAAUGGAAUGCACCAUUUGUUUCUCUACUAUAGUAACCAUAGCAACGUCCCUCCACGUAUUAACCCCUCAUUUAUUGAACCAUCUGCUUGUUGGAUGACGGUGCAGGUCAUGGACUCGGCAGACUGAGUCGGGUGGUCCUCUCCCCAGUAUGAGCAUAACUAACUCUCCCUGCAAAAUCCGACAACAACAAAAAAUCCCCACAUUUCAAGGCCCAUUUAAAACUAUUCAAGAAAAUGUAGGUUUUCCAAACAUUAAUAGCUGCGUGAUGAACCAACACCAAAGCUUUUAAUUUACUCCUUCAAAGAUGUUUGUGCAACCUCUGUCAUUAUUAGUCGAAUGGACAAACUGGUCCACAACCGGCUGCAGUGGGUCCAGGUUUUUGCGCCAACCAAUCGGGAACCUUCACAUACUUACCAAUAAUUUCAUGGUCGGUCUGGUGUUGCUUGUUUCAUGGGUUAAACCGCGUGUCCUUGAUCAGUUGGAACAAAAACCCAGCCCCCGACCCAGCUGUGUGAGGACCGGUCUGCCCACUCCUGGACUACAAACUCUUGCACGGGAAGGAAGUGGACGCCGGCUGGACACUAUGCAGCAGUGGAGAACAAUAGAUGUACAGUAUCAUGUAUCUGUCUUACUGGACUUGUGUGUAAAUAAUGUAGUGAUACAAACUGUUCUUAUUUUUUGCGUAUGACAUGUAUAGAAUGCUAAAUGAGCACACAGGAAGUUUUUGUUUUUUUGACACAUUUAAUCAGUAAUCACUGACUGUAUUGGAGUUACCUAUUUACCAUGUAUUGGUGCGACAGGCACAUGUCUGAUGGUGUCAGGUGUGUGGAGUAUUAUAAAGACUUGACCCUGUUGUCUUACAGCAGUCACCUGUGUACUGUUACCUCAAUAACGUCUCCAUUAA